ACCAAAGACCCUCAGACCCGCUGGAUUGGACCGACUCUUUAAUUUUAAAAAGACACUGACACCAGUCUACUUUAAUUUUAACAGUAUAGACACCCCCCCCCCCCCCAUCCCCGCGCCGUUUUCAUCCGGAUCCGGUUUUAUUUCCACAUAUAUAUAUAUUUCGGUGACUUUUUUCUCCUAUUCCGGUUGGAUUUACAAAGGGCGUGUUUGGGCGAUCUGUACCGGGAGUUUCAUCUCCUGUACUUGUGCGACUCUGAGGAAUGACAGCAACUGGAAAGGGACUGCGAUCCGCCUGAAUGGAGACAAUGGAUUAUAAGGAGCUUGGAAAUCAUUUCGGGGAGAAGCUGACACUAACAGACAAAUCUCUGCCCCUGCAGCCAGAGUCUCAGUCCAUCCAGACUGGGGACAAGUCUUUGGGGAAAGACCUCAUGACACCAGACGACUCAGCCAUCACAGACCUCUCUCCUAAAACAGACUCCAGCACAAAAACCGAGACGCCCACCCAGACAGAUGACUCCUCCAAGGCAGAUGUCAGGCCAUCCACCCCGGGCACCGGCAGCAGCCCUCAGCCCAAGAAAGAUUCGAUGAGCUCAGAGCAACGACAGAAACUUGCCAAGGAGCGGAGGGAGGAGAGGGCCAGAUAUAUCGAACAGCAAACUCAGCUGCAAGCGGCGAAGAAAGCGCAGUGGCUGGAGAAGGAGGAGAAGGCCCGACGUCUGAGGGAGAGCCAGCUGGAGGAGCGCAGGAGGAAGCUGGAGGAGCAGCGACUGAAGGCUGAGAAACGCCGAGCUCUGCUGGAGGAGAAACAGAGACAGAAACUAGAAAAGAACAAGGAGAGAUAUGAGGCAGCUAUCAAGAGGUCAACAAAGAAGACGUGGGCCGAGAUCCGCCAGCAGAGGUGGUCCUGGGCGGGCGGACUCAACCAGACCUCCCGCAGAGAAAGCAGAUGCUCGGCCUCCACGGUCAACUUGCCGAGACAGGUGGACCCUGUCAUUAACAACAGGCUGUCCAAGUCCUCUGCCACGCUCUGGAACUCCCCCAACAGAACCCGCAGCCUGCGCCUGAGCCCGUGGGAGAGCCGGAUCGUGGAGAGGCUCAUGACACCGACGCUGUCCUUCCUGGCCCGCAGUCGCAGCGCCGCCACCCUCCUCAACAACAGUGACUCUCACUCUCACCACUGCUCCCGUUCAGCCUCUGCCAGCCCGCUGAACGCCUGCUCCCAUCACCACCCGCACCAGAACGCCGCCGAGCGCUGGAGGGUCUCCUCCGCCAGCACGCCGGACAUCACCCAGCGCCAGCGCCGACGAAACUCCACUCCGAUGGAUAAAAAGAAGAAGGAGAAGAAAGACAAGGAGAGGGAGAAUGAAAAAGAGAAGAGCGCUCUCACAAAAGAGAGAGUGCAGAAGAAGAGACAGACGACAUCACCUGCCACUACGACCACAAGAUCCAGGCCAGAGACCAGCACCCCGAGGCCCAAGAACAGACCUCCGUCACCUGCUGCCCCCAAAAGCCGGCCCCUGUCCCCCUUGGUGCCGGCCGCAGCAGCAGCAGCAGCAGCAGCAGCAACAGCCUCCAAGACCCCCAUGGGCAAGAAGACAUCUCCCCCUGGCACCAAGACCCGACCCAAACGGGCCCAGACGCCCGCCAGGGUACAGCCCCAGACGGUCACCGCGGUUGCCGUGGAAACAGGCCACGAACCCCAGCAGCCCGAUACCCCACAGGAGAAAAAGAGCUCCGGUAACGUUCCUGCCAUCGUGGUAUCCUCUGCACCGGUCACACCUCCUUCCAUCAGCCCUCCGGUUGUAUCCGCAGCUUCUCCUGCUGUGCCAAGCGUGGAGCCGGCCGCCUCGGCUGCUCCCCCUGCGGCAGCCGCCACCAGAAAUUCUGCUCCUCCCGCUGCGCCCGCCGCCGCCUCUGCCUCCACCCCAGCUGCACCGGCCAACAGGCCGUCAGCAGGCACCAACGACCCGGAGGAGGCCGUUCGAGUCCUGGCAGAGAAGCGCCGACAAGCCCGAGAGCAGCGCGAGAGAGAGGAGCAGGAGCGUCUGGAGCAGGAGCACAGGAACAGGAUCCUGCGGGAGGAGGCGAUGGCGCGCGAGGCCGAAGAGAGGAAGCGCAGAGAGGAGGAGGCUCGAUUCAUGGCUGAGCAGCAGCGCCUGCGAGACGAAACCCAGCGCGCUCAAGAGGAGAAGGAGGCGCAGGAGAGAGCCAAAGCCGAGCGGGAGGAGAACGACAGGGUGCAGAGACAGAGGGAGGAGGCCGAAGCCAAAGCCCGUGAGGAGGCCGAGCGUCAGCGCAUCGAGAGGGAGAAACACUUCCAGAAAGAGGAGCAGGAGCGACUGGAGAGGAAGAGGCGCCUUGAGGAGAUCAUGAAGAGGACUCGGAAAAGUGAUGCAGGAGAUAAGAAGGAUGUCAAAGCCUCUCCACAGGUCAACGGCAAGGACUCCGAGCUCAAUAAAGCUCCCGGAAGCCUGCAGAGUCCCAGCGCAGCAGCGGUCCUUAGCCCGUCUCAAGGUGUGUCCGGCCCUGUCGUGAACGGCGUCCAGGCCACCUCACACCAAAAUGGCGUCUCGGCCAACGGAGAGGCGGCGGACUUCGAGGAGAUCAUCCAGCUGAGCAACAGCAGUAACCCUGGUCAACAGCAGAGCGGGCUGGUCAGCGAGCCCAUCCUGGCGUUCGAGGGAGGAGAGCCCUUCCUGAUGAAAACAGGCCCAAUGAAGCCUCAGCAUGUCGCAGAGGUCCUGUGAGGCCCUGCGCAUCCCAUGGGCGACGCGCCUGAUGGUCUCUGCUUGAGCUAUGAGAUUCAUGCCACACCAUAGCGGCUUAUAAAAAUAGUGUGCCAAACAAACAAUGACCUGCGCUGAAUUCACAUCUACAGCACCUGCCGCAGAGGACAAAGAGGGGGGGGGGGGUAAAGCUCUGCCCGGAAGAAGAAUAGUAGUCAUCUGAAAUAUAUUUAAAAAAAAAAAAAAAAAAAAA